AUGCCAUUACGACGCAGUCAUGCUAAAUCCCACCAUGGCUGCGCCCAGUGCAAGCAGCGCAGAAUCAAAUGCAACGAGGCUCGGCCUAUGUGCAGCUCCUGUCAGAAGAAGCAGCUCAAUUGCUCUUUCACCAGCCAUGCCACACUAACCUCCCGGCUCCAACUGCUCGACUUGGAGCUCUUGAACCACUGGCAUGUGACGACCGUGCAGACACUGGUCCACGAAAGAUCGACCGAAAAAGUACUGCGGGAGUUUGUUCCGCAGGAGGCUCUUUCACAUCCGUUUCUGAUGCACAGUCUAUUGGCUUUAUCAGCUCUCCACCUCAGUCACCAUGGUCCCGUCGAGCGACGGCCUCGAUAUACCGAGGCCGCCAUGACUCACAACAACAUCUCGCUCUCUUUAUGUACCCCUCUGCUGAACAAUGUGACACCGGGAAACUGCCAUGCUCUAUUUGCAUUUGCCUGCUUUGUCGCCAUGUUCUCGUUUGCUGCGCAUGGCCCAAAGGUCACUCCGAGAGCCCACAGUGUCUCGGAUGUUCUCGAAGUCUUUAAACUGGUUCGGGGAGUGGCCUCUAUCGUGGCGCAGGCUCGCCCGUGGAUUAAAGCAGGAGGCAUGAGGGAUCUACUACAAGUCGGUCGGCAGCCGCGUCAAACGUCGAAGACCACGCACGUCGGGGAACUACAUGCUCGGAUACAGAAAAUAUAUGAUCAGGCACGAUCUGCCGAGGCAGAUGAUAGCACCAACUCAGUGGUUGCAAUUGCCAGUCAGAAGCUGCUCGACUUGUUGCAACUGUCCACCACUGUUCAGAACCCCGCCUCAACUAUUAUGAGAUGGCCUGCUGUGGUAGACUUGAAAUAUUUGGAUCUUUUGCUGGAAGAUAAUGCCAGUGCUCUCGUGGUACUCGCUCAUUAUGGUGUUGCACUAGACAUGAUGAUGGAAAAUUGGUGGAUGGAUGGUUGGGGCACAUUCUUGGUUCACCUUGCCCUGGAUCGGCUGGGACCAGAGUCUGGGCCAGAGGUUGCAUGGGCGCAGAAAGUUAUCAACGGGGACAAUGCC